AUGGUAGCGGAUACGUAUCAUAGUUUGGAAUAUCUUCCUUACGUUGAUAAUACUGUAACUCCCGAACAAGUUGCUGAAGUUGAGUCACUCAUCCUGAACGAAUUACGCAAUACAAACACCACAGCUGUACAUCCGCUAGUUGAGAACCUUCUCCCGCUACCGCUGUCCCGGUCAACUUCGUUGUUGAGUCAAGAAAUAGAGCGCUACGAAGAAGAACAACCAGAAGAAGAUGAACCAAUCAUAGACGGCAUCGACACUUCCCGAUACUCCGACGACGUCGACAACUAUACCAACCUAUCAUAUUCCAUGCUUGAAAAACGCAACUUGGAACUAAUGGCACAGAACCAGCAAAACAUGCAAGCGUCGUGGCGCCGACAUCUUCAGCAUUUGGGAGAGGUGGAGACAAACUACGAGCAAAAUUUGGGAGACAAAAGAAUUCGCAGCGAAGAAGUCUUGUCAGAGCGUAAAAGAAGGCAAUUGGACUUUGAGCCCGUGGGAGAGUACCUCGAGCAUAGAUGGCGCGAUGGCUUGCGAUCGAUGGUGAACAUGGGGAUGAAUUCGGAAAUGAAGUAG